UCUUUGCCCGAUCAAGCCAUACUUCUUCUUCCUUCACUCGUCUUCACCAUCAUUAUUCUCUAAAUUUGGCCAAAUCUUGUUAUUCUCGUGUUGUUUGUAUGCAAAAUCAUAAGUUUGCUUAGUGAGAACUUUACACGCAAAUGCUUUGUUAGUAUUAAUCGAGAGGCUUCUCCAUCAAAUGAAAGAAGAGCUUUAUCUCAUAUUAGUCCCACGAGGAUCCUUAACAUUAAUACCAACAAGCGAGCGCCUCUGUAAGAAUAUCCAGAUAAGGAAUAGUGCUCUGUGUUGAGAUUGUUACAAUAAUAAACUUUCAUAAACAUUUUGGAGUUGGUUUGUGCUUCUCUCUCCAUCAACAUUCAACAAUGGCAAUGAAGAUGAAGGGCAUCUACAAAAGCUUCAAAUCCAUCUCUCAAAUGUUUGUUGUGAAAGAAAGAGAUCUAGAAAUUGGGCACCCAACAGAAGUAAAACAUGUGGCCCAUGUUGGUUGGGAGGGCUCCUCUGGCAGUGCUCCUGGUUGGAUGAGUGACUUUAAGGCAGGAGCAGAGCUGUUAUCUCCAAGAGCAUCAUCUUUUGGACAUGCACGACAUUCAAAUUCUUUCUUCACACCUUCUGCUUCCAGUGAUUUUGAUGAGGGCUCAAGCCAACAAACUAUACCGGAUAGGAUAAGAGAUGUACCUCCAAUUCCAGUAGGUUUAUCCAAGAUUCACACUAAGAGCAAGAAUAGAAGAAAGAAACCAUCUUCGACAUCAUCACCAAGAUCCAAACCAUCUCCAAAAUCUUCUAGAUCAAUGGGUUUAUCCAAAUCUUCGCAUAAAUCAAUGAUAUCUCGGUUAAACUCUAAUGCAUAACUAGAGUGCACUGAGAAAUACAACGAAAAAGAGCGUUUGCCAAAUAUUUUUGCGUAAGGAACUUUUUUUUUUGUAGUGAUUUUCUUUUUGUUCAAAGCGUCUGUUUUCGUAGUUCUCAUAUUUGAAAAACUAUAUGUACAUUAAUGUAGAAAGACGUAAAACAUAAAAAAAGGAGAGAAAUAUUUUUUUUU